AUGAACCACCAUGACGACCUCCCCGCCGUCCCCGCCGCCGCCCCAGCAGCAGAUGUAACAGCCCCUCCUCCUCCGGCUCCCUCCUCCGACCUCCGCUACACCCGCUACGACGGAUCCCGCGAGGAUGAAUACGUCGCCGCCAUGCGCCAGCUCAUCUCCAAGGACCUCUCCGAGCCGUACAGCAUCUACGUCUAUCGCUACUUCCUCUACCAAUGGGGCGACCUCUGUUUCAUGGCCAUGGAUGACUCGCGGCCCGAGGACCCCAUGGUCGGCGUCGUGGUGUCCAAACUGGAGCCGCACCGCGGAGGGCCCUUGAGGGGGUAUAUUGCCAUGUUGGCGGUGCGCGAGGAGUUUCGUGGCCGGGGCAUUGCGACCAAAUUGGUGCGCAUGGCUAUUGAUGCGAUGAUUGAACGGGAUGCGGAUGAGAUUGCCCUCGAAACCGAAAUCACCAACACGGCCGCCAUCAAGCUCUACGAACGCCUCGGCUUCCUGCGCAGCAAGCAACUGCACCGCUAUUACCUGAACGGCAACUCGGCCUACCGACUGGUGCUAUAUUUGAAAGAAGGCGUGGGGUCGGUGAGGACGGAAUUCGAUGCUUACGGUCCGACUGCACCGGAAAUGAGCGGUGCCAUGCCUGCUCCUCCGCCGCCGGCGUUGCUGCAUGGAAAUGGCAGUGGAUAA